CGCGCUUUCUGUGGUCGGAUCGUGCUCCGCAUGUACGUGUUGGGGUGUCUGUGUCUUCAGACUAAUUUAAGAUAUAGUCCUGAGAAAGUUGAGACGCAAGGAAUUACAUACAGAACUACUACUUUCCACCAGUAUUCUUUUUCCUCUUUCCUAUCCUUCUUCUUCCAUAGGGGAGUACAGCUUGGGAAUUUAGGUCCAUUCAUCCCACAGAAAUCUACCUUAUUCCUUAAGGGAUAGGCUAGACGUUGCCUGUUAUAGUACCAGGAGAACGUUAUUCGUUGCUUGCUGAGGGAGCUUUAUUUGUAUAUUUGGAGUGCAGUGUAGAGAGGCAUCCAGGAGGCUUCCUUGCCCUCCCUUUUUGAGUAAUAGUGGAUUCAGGAAAAGGGGUGCUUACGGAGACACGUGACCUCGUUAAAGGACCCAAGACUGAAGCAGCACUUGGCACACUGAAGGAAGCACCCGCUUAUCUUUUGGCAUCUUUUUUUGUCUGCUGCUCGUUCCUCACCCAAUUUCGGAAAUGACCCUUUUGCCUCAAUACCUGCUGCAGAAGCUUCAUGUGUGAACACCAGAAAAAAUACCUACUAGAAAUUCUUUGAAAUACUAAGUGAAGAUAGUUGUAUACCUGAGGUCUUGUCUGUGCUUGUAUCUUCUGAUACCAUGUCCUGUCAUUAGGACUACCAGGAAAUUGCCUGUUUUGGUCUCACAGUUCAAUUCUGUUUAAAAAUCAGAAGUUCCAUUGAAAAGAAACCUUGAAGGUUGCAAGAAAGUCCAAGAUGUGCAGUUCAGUUGCUCCCAGAUUGUGGUUCUUAACAGACCGUCGCAUCAGAGAAGAUUACCCUCAGCAGGAGAUCCUGAGAGCGUUGAAGGCCAAGUGCUGUGAAGAAGAGCUGGAUUUCCGGGCCUUGCUGAUGGAUGAAGUGGUGCUGACAGUCGAGGAUGGAAAUCUUGGUCUUCGGGUGAACGGGGAGCUUAUUACUGCUUACCCCCAAGUGGUGGUAGUCCGGGUACCAACACCUUGGGUCCAAAGUGACAGUGAUAUCACAGUCCUUCGCCAUCUAGAGAAGAUGGGCUGUCGGUUAAUGAAUCGUCCCCAGGCCAUCCUCAACUGUGUCAAUAAGUUCUGGACGUUUCAAGAACUUGCUGGUCAUGGUGUGCCCCUGCCAGACACCUUUUCGUAUGGUGGUCAUGAGAAUUUUGCCAAAAUGAUUGAUGAGGCAGAAGUGCUGGAAUUCCCUAUGGUGGUGAAGAACACGCGGGGUCACCGAGGCAAAGCUGUGUUCCUGGCACGAGACAAGCACCAUCUGGCAGACCUGAGCCAUUUGAUCCGUCAUGACGCCCCAUACUUAUUCCAAAAAUAUGUUAAAGAGUCCCAUGGCAAGGAUGUACGUGUCAUCGUAGUAGGAGGCCGUGUGGUGGGCACCAUGCUCCGAUGCUCUACAGAUGGGAGAAUGCAGAGUAACUGCUCACUUGGCGGUGUAGGGAUGAUGUGCUCACUGAGUGAACAAGGCAAGCAACUGGCAAUCCAAGUGUCCAACAUCCUGGGGAUGGACGUGUGUGGCAUUGACCUACUGAUGAAGGACGACGGUUCAUUCUACGUCUGUGAGGCCAAUGCAAAUGUAGGUUUCAUUGCCUUUGACAAGGCUUGUAAUCUAGAUGUAGCUGGUAUCAUAGCGGACUAUGCCACUUCUCUCCUAACCCCCGGUCGCUUGACGCGGCGCAUGUCCUUACUCUCUGUGGUGUCCACGGCAAGCGAGACUAGCGAGCCAGAGCUGGGCCCUCCAGCUAGUGCCGUUGUCGACAAUAUGAGUGCUAGCUCCAGCUCUGUCGACAGCGACCCUGAGACCACGGAGAGAGAGUUGCUCACCAAGCUCCCGGGGGCUCUAUUCAACAUGAACCAGCUAUUAGCCAAUGAGAUCAAACUUCUUGUGGAGUGAUGCCACAUGUAAAUAGAUGACCAACAGAACUCUCUUGUAAAAUUUUCUUUGAAACCAACUUGCAGUGCUGUUUAUUAGAGAAACUCAGAGAAAUGAGGAAAGGAGAGUCAGUCAAGAGAGCAAGAUUAAAAGGCAUGUGUUCUGUGACAGCUGCCUCUAUUUUUUUGCAGAACAUAAUAUUGCGAUAGUUCUUCAGCACUAUUGUUGUAAUGAAGAUGUUUAAUUUACAGCCUAAAUGGGAGUUUUAUUUGGAUGCUGCUUUGAUUCUGCGAUUUGAUAUUGCAGUGCAUGGGUGUUCGAAGGAAAGCAUUAAAAUAUGAUUAACUGGAAAAUUUUCAGAAAGUUCUGGUGUCUCUCUAGAAACUUUUGUGAGUUAAUGCAGCAGUUAACUCUCUUGUGCUCUCUAAGGCUUGAUCUUGUAAAUUGCUGACUGUCUUUAAUUGUCAGUGAGAGUUGAGGGUGUUAAAUGCCAGGUAUUUAGAACUCCUGGAUACCUACUGUUCCCACUCUUGUGGUAAAUUCAGCAUAGUUUUGAAAUCAUCUCUUUCAGACCUUACAGGAUGUGGCCAUUCAAAUGUUGAGACAGAGAGGAGUGUCAGUUGCCCUAAUGUGAGCUUCUGUACAAAUCUCAAAUUGGUGCCAUCUUGAUAUUAACAGGCAGAUUUGUGUCUGUUUUUCUUUAUAAGGCAUUUGAAAGAGGAUUUCUAGUACCUCAGAUUUUUUCACUUCAAAUCCUGAGUUUGAGAGGUAUGCAGGGGAAUGGGUCAUAUUAUAUUGUGGUAGAAGUGGCACAUUUUAACUAUUUUUUGCAUGAUUGGAGGAGUUAAACAGCACUGUAAUGUUUGGUAUACAAAAUAAUGUUUAAUCCAAUGUGAAAAGAAAUUACACUAGUUUAAAAAAAAAUGUGCAUUGGCUUGUAUUUGUUAGUGUUUUAGUCAUUUUGAGAGAGAUCUGCAAUGUUAAUGUUCCUUUUUUUUUUUUUUUUUUUUUUUUUUU